AUGGUUUUUAAUCACUUCUGCUACAUUUUCUCUGCAACUAAAUGGUGUGCUGGGGAUAUGACAUGUGGUACUGAAAAGGCAAUUUUCUUUAUGAGCUGCCCUUUGUUAGAGGGGGGUACCAGUAACAUGAAGGAUUCUUGGUUUUUUGACAAGAGUUUUAAUGGCUUGCCGGAUGAAAUUUUUGAUGAUGUCAUCAAAUUUUUUGACUUCCCGCUGGAAGAUGUGGAACCUAAUGCUAUGGAAGAAGAUUGGGAUGCCCAAUUCAAACGCCUUGACGAGCCAUAUUUAGAUGUUCUCUCCGGGUUGCCCUCUGAGCUGCAUGAUAAAACUCGGAAAGGCAAUCCAAAACUUGAGAGGCUCUCUACUUCUCAUUCUGAGAUUUCGCCAAUAGGAGGAGCGUCAGAGACUAGUAAAGUGACGUAUGUCAAAAGCAUUCCCAAUCCAAAAGUCUCGUCCCACAGCAAGGAUUUCCUCCAAUUCCAAAUCUACAGUCCAGUCUCUGUUUUUGAAAGCAGUAGUUCUUCAUCAGGCGAGAAUGCCUUUGAUCAGCCUGUCAUCCGAAAGCGAGCUCGCAGUAAACGCCGUCCUCUCUCAAGCCUCAGCCCUCUGUUCUCAGUUCCUUUCAUCUCUUCUUCACAAGCUUUCCCAAAACCUCGAAUGGCAGCUGCUGCUGAAUCAGAUUUUGAAACAUUCCUUACUUGGAAACCAUCGUACGGUCCAAAAGAGAAGCUGACAAAAAAGGAUCUCUCUGUUCCCUCUUGUCAUAUUAAUAGGAAGAGAUCAUCAUUGCAGGAGUCAAUCAUCCCCAGAAAAUGCACGCAUUGUCAGGUUACAAAGACCCCCCAGUGGAGGGAGGGACCCAUGGGCCCCAAAACCCUAUGCAAUGCGUGUGGGGUUCGAUACCGGUCCGGCCGCCUCUACCCUGAAUACCGGCCUGCCGCAAGUCCAACUUUUGUAGCAUCAUUGCACUCUAACUGUCACAAAAAGGUCUUAGAGUUGAGAAACAGAGCUACCAGUGAAGCCGAUAAAUGUUCUAUAUUGCCUUUGUCUUCAAAACCUUCAUGAAAUUUGCGAGGAUAAUGUUAUAUUAGGGACUAUUUUCAGAGUUAACACGGUAGUCUCAAGACAGAAUCCUCCACGUGUAUUGUUUUCUCAUUGUUCGUGUAAUGUUAUGUCGUUUAAUUAGCAUCAUUUUUUUUUUA